AUGGAAGCUGUGGUGGUGAGGGCAUACUACGACGUCCGAGCUGCUGAGCGGGCAUUGGAAGAGCUCGGGGAGACAAGGUGCUGGCGGGCCCAACCAUGCGGAAACCGCAUCGUUCGGCUUCCAGGAUCAGCAGGCCUUGACAGGGCCGUUGUUGGGCAGAUCCGGGACAUGUUCGUGGACGAGAUGGAUGACAACUACUACAUCCUCGAGUUUUUCGAUGUCCGCGAUGCGGCAGAGCAGAGGCAGCUUGUUGCGCCGGAGACGACCGAAAAGUUGCGGGAUGAAUGGCAUCCGCGCCCUCUCCAGGCUGACGCACCCGAGAUGCCACGAAUGCCAGAAAUGCCACGCAUGCCCGAGAUGCGCCAGAUGGCAGCAAUGCCCAACGUUGCUGCGAGCUGGUGGCAGCAGUGGCCAGACAAUGGUGCCCUGAUGAGCGUUGCCGAGGAAGCGUUAGCGCAGAUGGGAAUGAUCGCGCCAGGGACCUUCCUCGUGCUGCUGCAAGGCGUUCCAGGCGAGCUGCUGAACGACAGCUGUGUGGAGGCCAUCCUGGAGCAGGCCGGCCUCUCGGAGGAUGUCGCCAAGUUCACGAUCCACGAGAAAGUGAACCUGCGGGGCUGCUGUACGCUGAACCUGCUUUCCGAACCUGGGGUGUACCGAUGCCUGAGCCACUUCGCAGGCUGUUGUUGGGGAUGUCGCGCGACACUGGUGUAUGGCGAGCUGUCGAUGCAAGGUUGCUUCCCAGCGUCGAACGGCGAUGGCAUGGCCUCAGAUGAGUACAACUACGAGCAAGCAGAGGCUGACUGGCCAAAACUGGAGGCCGGAGGAAGCUUUGCUGGCCGCACGUGGAUCUUCGACGAGGCUGUGAACACGACUAUCCGCAGCCAAGCACCAGCAGCUGCGCCGAAGGAGGCGCAGCCCACCUCAGAAGCGAGUACCGACCUCAGCGAGUCGGACGACGACAUGAUGUCCAAGCUGCAGGGCAGAGCACCACACCUACUCUCUCUGUCUUCCACAAGAAGCUGA